UACAUUCCAAAUACAACUUGUUUUCAAUUGGUGAGCGCUGUGAGUUGCUUGGUAGGUUGUCUUUUCUCUUACCAACCAGUAAGAAUGAAAGCAGCUGGCAUCUUGCUGACGAUAAUUUGAAUGUGAAAAGACAUCUCUAUGCGUUUUACGCACCAGAGAUCGCUGUUUGAACAAAACUCGGCUCACAAUAUUCAUUGGGCUCUGGCGAUUUCGCGGUGUCCGGUCAACAGCCCACGGUCGGAAGGAAUCGAAGUUGACUAUUGUCUCUAAAUUCACACUUAUAUCAUUCACAGAUGUAGAGUGCCACUAAACAUGUCCUACGCUAAAAGGCUUGCGCUUCAUUCGGGCGUAAUUUUUGUUACAUGGUGCGCUUUUCUACAACAGACCGUGAACGCAACUGAAGGAUGCCCAGGUUUAAGAACAGAGUGUAAACCGGGGAUUGUUUUGCCUGUAUGGGGAGGCAAUCCUUCUACAGGAGUAAUUGUUGGGCGAGCGUUUGUGUAUUUGCUUGCCUUACUGUUUUUGUUUUUGGGCGUUUCAAUAAUCUCCGAUCGCUUCAUGUCGGCUAUUGAAAUAAUUACAUCGAAGGAGAAGGAAAUCAGGGUAACAGACAAGCAAACUGGAAAGGAGCGAAUUGUUACUGUGAAAAUAUGGAACGAGACUGUGUCAAAUUUAACUCUCAUGGCCCUGGGAUCGUCAGCUCCCGAAAUUCUGCUAUCUGCCAUUGAAAUUUGUGGAAAUAAUUUUGACGCUGGAGAGCUCGGUCCGUCGACGAUAGUCGGUUCUGCAGCUUUCAACCUAUUGAUUAUCAUUGCAGUUUGUGUUUAUGUUAUUCCUGAUGGAGAAUGCCGCCGAAUCAAACAUUUGCGAGUGUUUGCCAUCACAGCCUCCACGUCAGUUCUUGCCUAUGUUUGGUUGUACAUCAUACUAGCAGUGUCGUCUAAAGAUGAAGUCGAAAUAUGGGAAGCUCUCCUGACUCUGUUUUUCUUUCCGAUUAUGGUCAUCUCUGCCUACAUUGCAGAUCGAAGGCUGUUGUUCUACAGAGCACUGAGAAAGGGUAGAAGAAGACAGAAGCGCGGAGGUAUGACAGUCAUUCAAACAGGCGAUUACGAUGUUGUUGGAGUUCAAGUAAAGGAUGGUUUUAUCGACGGAAACGUAGCCGAUGGUCGCUACCAACCUGGCGCCGCCGAAGCCGGACAACAGUUUGAUGAUGACGAGCUUCUCCAUGACCUGACGGAGGACAGGCGCGAAAAGGCCAUUCAAGCCCUAAAGGACAUACGACAGAAACAUCCCGACGCCGACCGUGAAACCGUUGAGCGAUUACUUGAGCAAGAAAAUUUGAAACUUCAACCAAAAAGUCGUGCGUUCUAUCGAAUCGAAGCCACACGUAAGAUGGUCGGCAGCGGAAAUGUGUUGAAGAUGAAGCACGAAAAACUUGAGAAGGCCAGCAGUUCCUUGGCAGACACUAAGAUGGAAAUGCAAGAUAUCGAGUACGAAGACCCACAGGUUGUCAGGGUUAAUUUUGACCCCGUCCAUUACAUUGUUAAAGAAAACUGUGGAAGUGUGUUUAUGAACAUUUCACGCACUGGCGGUGAUCCGAAUAACACGGUUUUCGUGGACUUCAGGACAGAGGACGGCACGGCAAAGGCCGGUGAGGACUAUGAGAAGACAGAGGGGUCAAUCUGUUUCAGGCCUGGAGAAACUUCCAAGACAUUCUCAGUCGUAAUCGUUGACGACGAUAUCUUUGAAGAAGACGAGCAUUUUUACGUCCAUCUGGGAAAUGUUCGAGUAGCUGGAGCCGAUGGGGAUUUGGUUCGCAACAAAUAUCGAGGUCCUGCAGGAAAAGUUGGUAAAGACGGAGUAGCUACAGUUACCAUCCUGGACGAUGACUACCCAGGGAUAUUCACAUUUGAGGAAGAGAAGCAUCAAGUGACAGAGGCAGAUGGAACCAUUAACAUUAAAGUUAUUCGCCACACUGGUGCGCGCGGCACUGUUCGUGUCCCUUACCAUACUAUGGAGGGAACAGCUAAGGGAGGAGGCGAUGAUUACGAAGAUGCUGUGGGUGAGCUUGAGUUUUCAAACGACGAGACUUGGAAAAACAUUGAGAUCAAUAUUAUAGACGACGAAGAAUAUGAAAAGAAAGAAACCUUUUAUGUUCUCCUUGGGGAACCAAAGAUUGUCAAAGAUGAAGAUGAUGACAGUGGAGCUGGUACUGAUGUGGGAUAUGAUCCAGAAAAGGAGCGUCUUGAAGAACUGGGAAAGCCAAGAUUAGGUGAUGUACCAAAGGCAGAGGUCACCAUAUUGGAAAGCAAAGAAUUCAAAAACACAGUGGACAAAUUGCUGGUCAAAGCCAAUCUAGCUCUUGUUGUUGGUACAUCCUCAUGGAAGGAACAGUUCACUGAUGCUCUGACCGUUAGUGGGAGUGGGGAUGAUGAUGACAGUGAUGAACCAACAACACCAACAUAUGGUGACUACAUGAUGCACUAUCUGACCGUCUUCUGGAAGCUGUUGUUUGCAAUUGUUCCUCCCACAGACAUCUGGGGUGGAUGGGCUUGUUUCGUUGCUUCUAUUGUAAUGAUUGGUGUGUUAACAAUGGUCAUCGGUGACGUAGCCUCACACUUUGGUUGUACCAUUGGAUUAGCAGACAGUGUUGUUGCCAUUACCUUUGUUGCCCUUGGAACAAGUCUUCCAGAUACAUUUGCCAGCAAAGUUGCUGCAGUUGGUGACGAGUAUGCUGAUUCAUCCAUUGGUAAUGUGACUGGUAGUAAUUCUGUCAAUGUUUUCCUUGGCCUGGGGGUGGCAUGGUCUAUUGCAGCAAUAGCCAAAGCGGCAAGAGGUGUCAAAUUUAUAGUUCCUGCUGGUAAUCUUGGCUUCUCUGUAGUUAUAUUCUGUGUUACCGCUGUAACAGCAAUUGCUGUUAUGAUGCUACGUAGAAGUAAAAGAGUUGGGGGAGAAUUAGGGGGUGCCAAAUCCUAUAAACUUCCAACAUCACUUUUCUUUUGUUUCCUUUGGAUAUUUUACAUUGUAAUGUCUUCUUUACAAACAUAUUGCCAUAUCAAUGUAUCCUUUUAGCUUUUUCCAAAUUAAGGAAAAAUGCUUUCUUUGUGUCAACUAACAACAGCAGUAAGGAAGAUCCUAUAAUAAUUAAAGGUUCUCAAAUAUCUUUGAUACAAGUAUCAGUUUGUAUUUUCAAAAUGCAAUUUUAGAGAUAGCUACAUAUAUUUCUGAAUUAUUACAAGCCAUAAUGGCUAACAAUGAUAUCAAUCAUGCAAACCAAAGAAUGAGCACCACGCCUAAAUGUAUGUCAUAUUCAAUGCCCUAAGACUUUAGAGAUAACUCUCAAGAUAAGGAACACCAUAUUAUUACAUAUCCUGGUUAGCCUCAAUAGAAUAACAUUCUUCUCGCCAUUUAUUAUAAGAAUAGUGGGUAAGGAACAUGAUAAAUGAUAACAAUCACCCAGAUUUUGACUGAAAAAGCAAUUUCCUGUACACCCUUUUUGAACGCUGUAACACGAAUAUGCAACUUUUCGUAUCUGGCCUAGGGUAUUUUAAUUUUCCAGUCUCUGUGUCAAACUCUUACUUGGCCCAGAAAUUAUAUCUAAGACAUUUUUCUCUUUCUGCACAUCUUGUCUCUUUUUUGGAAUUCGGGUUUUGCAUGAUAAUAAAUGUUAAUGAAAAUCAAUUCAAGCAGUCUCUACCAUUGUGAAGGAUGAGGAAGACAAAUGUUGAGAUGUUACCUUGUCUUAUUGUAUGCCUGUUACAUGUAUCUUCCUUCACAGCCUGGCAAACAGUGAUGUGAUAGUGACUGUGCAGUGAGGAUACUAUCAGCUGUACUAAUUUAUACAAAAUUUUCAGUUUAUAACAUCAGCUACCUAAAUACUUUAUUUUUAUUUAUUAUUUUAGCCUUUUCAACUUCUUGAAAUAAUAUUUGUCAUGAAUAAUUGAAAUUAUAAUGAUAAUAAUGAUCAUUACUAUUACUAUUAUUGUUAUUAUUAUUAUUAUUAUCAUAAUUAUUCAACAUUCAACAUAGUUUGGCAUUUAUGGUGUUAUCAGGUAUCAGUAUUUUAUGCUCAGAGGCAUGGUAUUUUAUAAUGAAGAAAAAUGUUUUCAAUGUAAAAUAGGGCAGGCCCCAAGCAUUCCUAAAGAGUAUGAAUAGCAAACAUGAAAUAAAAUUUAAGAGAUUUCACAUUUCAGAUUCAAGAAACUUCUCAAUUAAUAAUGAUAAUUCUCAGGUCCUAGGUUGUUUAUAAAAUUUUGUCAACCUAUAUGGUAGCAUAGCUGCAAUACUUAUCAAGCAUAAUGCAGAAUGAAUAGUCAAUCAAUACAUCAAAGUUGGUGAUAAAUUACAGCAACUGUUUCUUUGCAGGCUUAAAGCUUUAUUAAUUUUGACAUGCUCACAAUAGUUCUGACCUAAUAAUGACAGUAUCCAGCUGCUGUCUUUGGUUUGUUUUUCUACACAAUCCAAAUAACCUUAGCAGAUGCAAGCACAGAAAAGUUCUCAAGUUAUCAUUCAUAAAACACCAUUUCAUAACAGUGAGUAACUCUACAAGAAAACCUAAAUGAUUUAAUUGUCAAUGUUUUGUAUUUACACAGAAGUAGUCAGAGGUCUAAAUAGUAUUUAUGUUAUAAUGACCAAAGAACAAAUAGUUUCCACAAACAAAAUGAUAGACAGUGUAUCCCUUGAGGUGUCCAAGUAACACACAGAGAAUGAACCAGAUCAGUCGGAAAUGAUAAGAAUAAAUGAAAUAAUCAGUUCCUUCCAUCUUCUUUACAGCAGCAUUCAGCACUGUAAGGAAUUUUGUCUUUAAAAGAGUCAGCCUUAUGAUUCCUACUAAAAUGUUAAGUAUGCAGAGAAGAUAAGGCCUGAAAAUCUAUCAGGACUGCACUUACUGCUGGUUCACUAGAGAUCUUCAUGCCUGAUGCAAGAUAAUUCAGUUUGGGGAGAUUUGAUUAAUCCUAUAAUUUUCAAUUGGUUUCUGGAUUGUUACUAUGGACAACAAUUUAUCGUAAUGUACUGUUUUCAAGGGAUGAUGGAAAGCAUUAUUAGGAAGAACUCUUGAAAUUGAUAAUAUUUAUGCCAAAUAGCUGCAGGAAUUUUUGUACCAUAAAGUAAGAUGUUUCCUUCCUAAAUAACUUUUGAAUUUACAAUGAGCCUUUGGAUGCCUCUUGACUAUUAGUAACUGGCCAUAGCAAGCUAAUGAUGGGAAAUAAGUGAGAUACAGCUAUUCCUUAUGUGAGUUUAUUUCAAAAUUUACAAACAACUUAUCUAAUAGUUGCAAAAGAGUGUGAAUGAGAAGGUAAGGCUUGCCAUAGGUAUGAAUAUUAUUAUCAUAAUUACUGUUUUUAAAGUUACUAUGUUUCUUUGACCAUUCCAAAUAAUAAUAUGUGCAUAUGUUUUAGGAAACCUCCCUCCAAAUUACUGGUCAAAAUUUAGUUUACUUUCCCUUUAUUAUUUGCUAGUAUUUCUUGGGUAAAUUUAUGACGCCAAGGACCUGUCAAUUUUGUAGGUACUCAUAUUUAAGAGGUAUCCACAGUCUAAAAUUGCUCAGCAUUCAAUGCAUGUUUUGGUGCAGGCCAAAAAAACCAAAAGGGAAGGACAAUCACAAUUCUAAAAUAUUUGCAAUUAGGUGUAUAAAUAUAUGUCAUUCUGCAGUUUGGCUUAGUAAAAAUGCUAGUGUAUUAUGUAGUGAAUUGCAACUAUUAUAACUUACAGCAAUUAUUAUUUUCUAUCAUAGGUAUUUGAAAAUAUAAUUUAUUUCAUUUAAUUUAAGUCAUGUUGUGGCCUAAGGACACCUAUUUUAAUGUUAAAGCCCUUCCAAACAUUUUACAGCAACAUUAAUAGAAGCCUUUGCUGAAAUACUUAAGUAAAUGGUGUCUUGUUAGAAAGAUUGUAGAAACAAGACUAAAGGCCCUUUUAUGAUGACUUUUACUUUAUAGGGAGUAGUUUAGGGAAAAAGAGAAUUUUUAAAGCCUCUUUCGGACAUUACUAAUGUUCCUGAAAACUAUUAUAUGAGAGCUUAAAAUAAACAUGUUGAGAGAUGUC